CCACUGCACUCCUCCCGACUUGAGCUGAGCUAGUGCUUAACCAAGAGCUCAGCGAUCUGCUUUGUCGAAGAGCGUGCGGCGCCAAGAUGGCCGCCUCGCUGAGCAGCCGGGCCUUGGUGGCCGGGGCGGUGCUCGUCGCGGCCGCGCUGCUGCUGCCAGCCCGGCACGCGGCAGCUGUCGCCGACGGCAAGGCCGCGGCGCCUUCGGGCUACGACAGCGCCAGCAAGCCGCCGUCGUCACCGCCCGCGGACACGGCCGCGCCACCGUCGCCGGCCUACGGCGCCAAGCCGCCGUCGUCCCCGGGCGACAUAGCCAUGCCGCCUUCGGCCGCCGACAACUCAUCCGCGCCGCCGCCGCUGUUGCCCCUCGUGCCGCCGCCGAAGCCGCUGCCCUUCGUCAUCGUGGAGGGCGUCAUCUACUGCAAGUCCUGCAAGGGUGACGGCUACAACUCCGGCAUCAACGCGUCGCCGCUGCCAGGCGCGACGGCGAUGAUGGUGUGCUACGGGCGCAAGGUGGUGAACGCGACGGGGACGGUGACGGACGGCAACGGCUACUUCCUCAUCAUGUUCUACGACAUGCAGAACUUCAACGCCAGGACGUGCAAGAUGUACCUGGAGUCGUCGCCGACGCCGCAGUGCAGCAAGCCCUACUACCCGCCCAACCAGUGGAUCGGCCUCUCCCUCGUCAGGGAGACGAGGACCAUCCCGCCGGCGGGGCUGCAGGGCAUCUACACCCCCACCAGCGUCCUCUUCUACGCCCCCGCCGCCAAAGGCCAGUGCCCCUACUGAUCGGCGGCGAUCGACCAGCAGCUCAAAACCGUCCGACACCCAUGGGAUCCGUCGAGACCUCCGGCGGCCGCCGACGAUCUGCGUCGUCCACGUUCGGCGCCGGCCGGCGGACGCGCGAGACUGCGUACGUUAAGAUGAUCGAUCUUGGUCGACCAUCCAGGCAGUAAGUAAUAAGUAGCUAGGCAUUGGGUUCUUAGCUAGCUUAAUUUUUAGCUUCUAGUAUGUGAGUUCAUCAGUUGUUCUAGUUCGAUCGGAGCAUGAGUAGUGGCGAUGCUUUGGUUACGGAUUGGCGUCGGUGUAACAUUGUCCUGUCUUUGACUAGUCGAUCAGUUCUUUAAUCGGUUCUCGAA